GUAAAGCUCGGAUGAUUGUUUCGCUUCACUGUUUCUGUGUCUGGCUUGACUCGGAGCGGGUGGUUUUUCAGGAGGGAAACUUUGCAAGGUUCAACAGGAUUUGAGCACGAUUAAUACAUUUCGCUUAUUUACCAGAGCCAGUGCAGCCAUACUGAAAGGAGUCCCCGAAUCAUGUCAGGCAUUGCAUUGAGCCGGCUUGCCCAGGAGCGCAAGGCAUGGCGGAAGGACCAUCCUUUUGGAUUUGUUGCUGUACCAACAAAAAAUCCAGAUGGAACCAUGAACCUAAUGAAUUGGGAAUGUGCUAUUCCUGGCAAGAAAGGGACUCCAUGGGAAGGCGGCCUGUUCAAACUGCGCAUGUUGUUCAAGGAUGACUAUCCCUCUUCACCUCCAAAAUGUAAAUUUGAGCCUCCGCUCUUUCAUCCAAACGUGUAUCCAUCAGGCACAGUAUGCCUAUCUAUUCUAGAGGAGGACAAGGACUGGAGACCAGCCAUCACAAUAAAGCAGAUCUUAUUAGGUAUCCAGGAACUCCUAAAUGAACCAAAUAUCCAGGAUCCAGCCCAAGCAGAGGCUUACACAAUCUUCUGCCAAGACAGAACAGAAUAUGAAAAAAGAGUUCGAGCACAAGCCAAAAAGUUUUCCCCCUCGUAAGGACGAAGGCUCUCCGCUGUGGCAGAAGGAAUGGGUUUAACAAGAAUCACCUCCCCGCUCAGUCUCUCAAUGAAUGUGCUCCUCUCACAUCAGGACUUGCUUAAAGACUUCUAUUUAAACUCCACACAUUCUGUGCCAUCCGUUCUCCUUUGACCUAUCAUUUUUUGUUCUUAAUUGCCAGUUUGGCGCAUAAUGCUGGGAGGGGAUGGGUGCUUCAGCACCCUGGUCAUUUCUUUUUAAACAUUAAUUGUCUUAUGAGGUGCAAGGGACACAGCUCGGUACCAGUUUCAUCAACUCCAUGCAAGCUGGCUGUCAUCAAUGUCCAAGGAAGAAAAUGUCUUUGUUUUAUUUUGUUCUUUCACAGGCUCUAUUCCUUUAUGUUUCCCCCUUUAUUUUCCAUAAAUUUAAUGUAAAAUUAGCUUAUUUCAUUGUCAGUAUUUCAACUGCUGUAUAAUGAAUGGCACUUUUAUACUGUUGUAUCUCACUAGUGUCUCUAGAUGGCUCUGUCUAAUUCUCUUUCCCAGGUUUUCUAUUCAGCAUGCUGUAAUAUAUGAUAGAAUCUGCUGCCUUGUCUUUUUGUUAUGAGUGUUUGCUAUGGAAUAAAUAAACAUGGCCAUGAUGACUGAG